AUGGAGGAAUGGAAUCAAACUUCAAAUGAUUUCAUUUUGUUGGGACUUUUCCCGCCAAAUCAUACUGGCUUGUUGCUCUUAUUUGUCAUCGUCUUUGUAUUCCUUUUGGCCACAGUGGGUAACUCAGCCAUGAUCCACCUCAUCCGUGUGGACUCUCGUCUUCACACACCCAUGUACUUCCUCCUCAGCCAGCUCUCCCUUAUGGACCUGAUGUACAUCUCUACCACUGUCCCCAAGAUGGCAUUCAACUUCCUCUCUGGACAUAAAGGCAUUUCUUUCCUAGGAUGUGGGGUGCAAAGCUUUUUCUUCUUGACAAUGGCCUGUUCUGAAGGCUUACUUCUAGCUUCUAUGGCCUAUGACCGCUAUGUGGCCAUUUGCCACCCCCUCCAUUAUCCCCAUCGUAUGAGUAAAAGGAUGUGUGUCCACAUGAUCAUUGGAUCUUGGAUUUUAGGGUCCAUCAAUUCCCUGGCACACACAGCCUAUGCCCUUCAUAUUCCUUACUGUCGGUCCAGGACCAUUAAUCAUUUCUUCUGUGAUGUUCCAGCCAUGUUGCCUCUGGCAUGCAUGGACACCUGGGUUUAUGAGUACAUGGUUUUUGUGAGCACUAGUCUCUUUCUGCUCUUUCCUUUCCUUGGCAUCACUGCUUCUUACGGCCGAGUGCUUUUGGCUGUCUAUCAUAUGCGCUCCAAAGAAGGAAGAAAAAAGGCCUUUACUACCUGUUCAACACAUUUAACUGUGGUUACUUUUUACUAUGCACCAUUUGUUUAUACCUAUCUUAGGCCCAGGAAUCUACGCUCACCAGAAGAAGAUAAAAUUUUGGCUGUAUUUUAUACCAUCCUCACCCCCAUGCUCAAUCCCAUUAUCUACAGUUUGAGGAAUAAAGAGGUCUUGGGAGCCAUGACACGAGUGUUUGGGAUAUUCUCUCCAAAGAAAGAAUAA